AUGACCGUGCGACGGAUACCUUCACCGGUCAUUGUCGACCUCCAGGACUCACGUGGGAAGUGGUACCGGCAUGUGCACAUCCAGGAUCUGAAGCCAGGCCCACCGGACGAUUUGGAGAUAACCGAGGCAGGGCCCGCCGCGACGGGCGACGAGGUAUGUGCAGUGUCGGUAAGGGAAAACACUGCUGACCGACCGAGCUACCGAAUCGAGUCCACCGGAGAACCGCUAAAGGCCACCGGCGGGCGCCACGGGCGAUCCUAUCGAGCGCGGCAUUUAGCUCACACGCCAGUCAUGAAGAGAUCGCACACGAUGACGGACAACCGACAACGCGAAGUUGAAGAGCUCUUCGGGAGCAUUAGCGACAGCUCAGGAGACGAGGGGCCCCAACGCCCUUGCGGCCCUCCCGUGCCGGCGCGCGCACCUCGGGUCGGCACUACGGUACAGAGGUCGGAUGCCGACCAACGGAGGAAGGCGGCAUGGCUCGCCUCCCCACCACCGCUGCGGCCGGUACGCAGGCCGCGUACCGAGAUCCGGCGGUUGCAGACGGCCGCCGGGCCGAAGAUUCCACCCCGGUCUGCCAUCCUGAGGGCAGCGGCCGCUAGUCCGCCCGGGAUUCGGCCACCCACGGGGCCUGCUCAAGCGAGGCCUACGGCGCCGGCGCCCUCUAAGGUAAGGGAUGCACGACCUCCCGCGCCUGACAACCAGGAGAAACCACUCGGCCGCCCCAGCACGGCAUCAAGGGACGACGUGCCGCAGCCACCGGUCCCGGGGCCCAUCGAGUUCCCGGCGAUUCCAGUCCGCCUCGACGACGGCACCCAGGUCGAG